GGCAAGCGUGAUAAAAGAAACAGAUCAAGUAAAAAAAACAUAGGAAGUAUGCUAUUAAAUUCACUUUCUUAAAACUUACAUCGUAUUUUUUCUUUUAAGAAGUAAAAUAUAGGAAUAUUUUACCUUACCAAAUAAAAAAAAUAAAAACAAGGGUAAAAUAGUCAAUUCACCUCAACCUCUACAGAGGCCCUACUAGAAAGUAGAUACCGCCUCCCUCCCCAAGUUUCGAAGUCCAUAAUAUUUUAUUUUUAAAAAAACACUUUCUUAAUUUAGUAAACCGACGGCAAACUCAGAGUUAGAUAUUUCCUGUUAUCCACCCAAAAAAAAAAAAAACAAUUUGCGAAAUUAAACCGCCUAAUUUAAAAAAUCCAUAAAACCGCCUCUAAAAAAUAAAAACCGGAAACCAGUUACCUUUGAAGUCGGUUCAUCUGUUACGUAAAUUCUUUCCCUUUCUCUCUCCUCCUCAUAUAAAUACAACCCCACUAUUUUCAUUCUUUUAUUAUUUCCGACAAAUUCAUAUUUCUUUCAUGAAAACUAAUUUUCUGAAAUAAUCACAAAUUUAGAUGAAAUUUUUUUGAAUUUUAUUCAUCAUAAAUUCUCAAAUCAAAACUCUUUGAUUUUGAUUUUCUGCAAAUUUGAUAAUAAUGGAAGCUUACAAUGUCCAACACCUUGAAUUCCCCAAGAAUUUCAUCACCAUCGAUUACGACAAUGAUUCCUCCUCCGUCUCCGAUUGCGAAAGCGGCAUCACCGGCGGAACCGGCGGCGGUCCGGAGGUGGUGACGUCAUCAUCUUCCUCCGGUGACCGCCGGCGAGGAAUCUUCGACGAAUCUCUCGCAGUUGAGCUCAGUGACGAUGAAAGAUCCUCCGAGGUGAUUCGCCGGAGAUUCCUCUCGGCAAUGGAGGAUGAGACGGAGGUGGUUUCCAUUCAUCGGAGGAAUUGGUCAUCGGAUUUUUCUGCUCAAGCUAGGGUUCAGUCGUUUCAGUUUCACUCCAAAGGUUUGGCUGCUAAGCUUGGCGGCGGCGUUAAUGGCGGUGAUUCAAACUCCACCAUUAAAUUCGCUUGGUAUGGCGGUUCUAAAGAGAGGAUUCAGCGCAUUUUAGCUCGCGGUUUUAGCUUCCUUGACCUCGAACACAACAAUAAUGCCGCCAUUUUUCUCUCUCCUGAUCAUUCCCCUGCUCCAAGUGUUGAGAAGGCGAUUCCAGACGAAAAUGGAGUUCGACAUUUGCUACUAUGCCGAGUUCUUCUCGGAAAAUCGGAGUUAAUUCUCUCAAGCUCAGCUCAAACAGAACCAAGUUCCGAUGAAUUUGAUUCAGGAGUUGAUGAUUUUGAGAAUCCAAACAAGUACAUAAUCUGGAGUACAAAUAUGAAUUCACACAUUUUGCCUGAAUAUGUUGUUAGUUUCAUAACUCCACCGCCUUCUUCUCCUUCAAGAGGGAAUUCGCAAAAUCGGGUGAAAAUGCCAGCAUCCCCUUGGAUUUCUUUUCCAGCAUUAAUCUCAGUAUUGGGGAGAUUCUUGCCUGCUGAUGCUAUUUCCUUGAUCAGCAAGUAUCAUUUGGAGUAUAAAGAAAAGAGGAUUUCAAGACCAGAGCUUAUAAAAAUAGUGAGACAGAUAGCAGGGGAUAAGCUGCUUAUUGCUGUUAUUAAAUCUUGUAAAGGCGCUAAGGAAUUGAAGAUGCCAUUUGGUUUCUUUCGCAGUAGGAACACUAACAAGGACUAGAAAUUGAAUUUUUUGGGGGGAAGGAGCAAAGUUGUAACGCAUGAAGAGUGUUAUAGGGUUUAAUUCAUGUCAUUUUGAUUUGUUACAGUUGUAAAUUUGUAUUUUCGGAAAUGGGAGGGGCGAUAUGGAUCGGAUAUGAUAUAGAAGAAGAAAAAGAAGAAGAAGAAUUAACAUGAAUGGAUACAUGAUUAGCAUUAGUUUGUAGUGAUCCUAAAUGCUCAAAGAGCGUAUGAUGUAGUGGUUGUUUUUGUAUUGAUAGAUUAGAGCAUAUACUUGUUUCAAAUCUUGUAAUAGAACAAUCUUUUCACUACUGUGAAAGAAAAGCAAUGAAAGGGGUGGCUUAAAUGAUAA